AAAGCGAAUUGGAACGGGGAGACCUGCAGCGCUCGCAAAGGAGCUUUCCAAUUCAGAAUCAUUCGCCAUUAAAACCGCGACAUACCCAUUAAUCCAUCACCGACGACCACCACCCGACGAAUUGGGGCGCCAUCGCCUACGAAGAAUUCAAAGGACUAGGAAAUUACACUUUCACACGACUAAGCCCAGGACAGCGUAAAACCAACGACCCGACAACCGCCACCAUGUCGGGCGAGAAAACCGACUUCAUUCGCUUUACGGGGCACCGCGCCUUCACGCACCGGAUCGUUCUCUCGACCCUUACCGGCCGCCCGGUGCACAUUUCCAAGAUCCGCAGCAGCUCGGCCACACAUCCAGGUCUUGCGCCCCACGAAGUCUCCUUCCUGCGCCUUAUCGAGGCUAUCACCAACGGCUCCGUCAUCGAUGUCUCGUAUUCGGGCACCACCAUUACCUACCAGCCCGGUUUGAUCACUGGCACGGUCGCGGGCGUCAACGCCGGCGCCGUUGGCGACGUAGUCGAGCAUACCCUGCCCGCCAACAACACGCGCGGCAUCACCUACUUCCUCCUCCCGCUUGCCCUACUCGCGCCCUUCUCCAAAGCCCACAUGAACGUCCGUUUCACCGGCCCCGGCGUCAUCACCUCGGCCACCCACCUGACCGGCGACAUUUCGGUUGACUCCUUUCGCACGGCCGUGCUCCCCUUGUAUGGAAUGUUCGGCAUCCCGCCAGCGCGCAUCGAGCUGCGCGUGCUCUCGCGCUCUUGUUCCGGCCCCGGUGGCCGUGGCGGUGGCGGCGUGGUCGAGCUUCGCUUCGCCAGUCAGGUUCGCCUGCCCAAGACACUGCAUCUGAAUCGGCGCCCCGGCAGGAUACGGCGGAUCCGCGGCGUGGCGUAUUGCACGGGCGUGUCGGCCAGCCACAACAACCGCAUGAUUACGGCGGCGCGCGGCGUGCUCAACCAGCUGGUCUCGGACGUGCACGUGGCGGCGCAGUACGACCCAGCGCCGCUGGUCGGCGACAAGAGUGGUGCCAAGAAGAAGAUCGGUAUCGGUUUUGGCCUCAGCUUGGUGGCGGAGUCGAGCGCGGACGGCGUGCUUUACUCGGCUGACGUGGUAGCGCCGCCCGAGGGUGGUGUCGUGCCCGAGGAUAUAGGCGCAAGGUGCGCGUACCAGCUGCUGGAGGUUAUCGCACAGGGAGGUUGCGUCAGUAACGUAUCGGCACCGACCUUACUUACACUGAUGGCAAUGGGAUCGGAGGAUGUGGGUCGCCUUAGGUUAGGCAGGGAAGUAUUGGCCAGGGAGGAGACAAUAGGGCUAGCACGAGACUUGAAGAAAUUCGGAGCGGCCAGCUGGGGCAUAAGAGAUGUCGAUGACGACGGUGAGACGACUGAUCUAGUAGUCUCGGUCAAGGGUACGGGCGUUGGUAAUGUGGGAAGGAAGGUAGCGUAAAGAAUUAUAAACCGGAUGCUUUCCUUUUUAUUGCAUGUUCAAGCUCAGUUUGGUCAUACUUUUG